AUGGACGCCAUCCAUCGGAGUGAGGAGAUGUGCCUGGCACAGCUCUAUCUCCAGAAUGAGGCCGCCUACACCUGUGUUUCGGAGCUGGGAGAGCUGGGUGUAGUGCAGUUCAGAGACAUGAACCCCGAUGUGAAUCCAUUCCAACGGAAAUAUGUCAAGGAGAUUCGUCGUUGCGAUGAAAUGGAGAGGAAACUCCGUAAGUCAUAGUUAAUAUUAUUUUGUUGGUUUUUAGAUAUCAAACAGUUUGUUGAUAGCCAGUGUGACGUCUAAAUAGUCCUAACUAAGGGAUUAUGACUUUAAUUUUUAGGUUACCUUGAACGCGAGAUCAAGAAGGACUCCAUUCCGAUGUUUGACACUGGGGAAAAUCCCGAAACUCCCCAGCCAAGAGAGAUGUUCGACCUGGAAGCGACUUUCGAGAAGCUCGAAAAUGAACUCAGAGAGGUCAAUCAAAACGAAGAAGCCUUGAAGAAGAACUUUGCCGAGCUCACCGAACUAAAACAUGUUCUCAGAAAAACUCAACAGUUCUUCGAGGAGGUAAGUAUUUGACUAUUUGUUAUGUGUUUAGGUCAGUAAAGCCUCAAGUGGCUAGCUGUUGGGUUUUCUAGUGUAAUGUCCAGUCUGAAUAAGGUCUUUGUCUAAAAUUCUGUCGCAAUUGACUUCUGGGUCCUUAGUUAAUAUAAAUUAAUGUCUUCUCCCAUUCGUUUCCCCCACUUGAUGUUACCUAGCACCCUGAUGCCAUUUGUGUUUUUGUUGUUUGCACUGCUAACCUCUGGAUUUUACACAUGUCAAUCCUUUUGCGGCUUUGACCAUUUUUUAUAUUACACUUGGUAAUUUUAUCCCAAGAGAAGCGUUUUUUGUGUUUAUAAACCUUCCUGAUCCCUAGGUGCAACGAGAUGAUGGAUUAUUUGGCCGCGUUGCUCCGUCUCCCCAGCGUCUCAUUGAUGUGGAUGAUCAUCAACCUCUUCUCCAGAGUAUGGAACAUCAAUCACACGCGCAAAGAGUUAAUUUUGGGUAAAUCUUGCACGAAAUUGUUUUAGACUCGCGAUUCCGAGGAGUUAUUCCACGUUGUGUUUGUAAAAGUUUUGAAAAAGAGAAGUUUUUAUUGGAUGUUGUGGCGGGGGUACAGGUGUUGUGGAAGUCUUUAAUAGCCUGAUUUUUUCUUUUUUCCAUUUUAUUUUUCUAACAUAACUAACGCACAAGCUUGUCUAUCUUUCAACGCACUAUUUCUAUUGCUUUGUGAUAUAAUUUUUGAGAUUUUUCGAAUUUCCGAUGUUACACUUGAAAUUUUUUGCUAAAUUUUUGGGAAAUUUUAGUCCAAAAAGGUAAUCAGGGGUAUAUUGACGCUUAUUUUUUAAUGAAAUGGUCUUUUUGAUGAGUUAACUUUUGAAGAGUGAGGGCGAAAGACAAGCCAUGGAUGUACUCGCCGGCGAAGAUGGAUCCCCCUUGAACACCUCGGAUGGGGCUAGACUCAUCCCCGAACAAGAAUCGGGAGUCGCCCACAAGCCCAAUUUGAAGUGAGUUUUCAGCGGAUAAGCCAUUUUUUCGACUACUAAUAGUGACCAUCAUGGAUAAUAUAAAAAAGUUUGAAAAGCAGGCACAACGUGGAAUAAUCAUGGAGUUCAGUGAAGAUUGAAGUGUAACGGACUAUAUAAUGAAGCUUAUUUGCAGAUUCGUGGCCGGUGUUAUCCAAAGAGAACGUCUCCCGGCGUUCGAACGCCUUCUUUGGAGGGCUUGCAGAGGAAAUGUAUUUUUGAGGCAAUCCGAGAUCACUGAAAGUCUUACUGACUCAACUACUGUGAGUUUUUUUGCUUAUUUUUUGUUUUUGGUUUUAGGGAAUGAAUCGAAAGGUUAUGCGAUUUUAACUUUUGUUGGCAUGGAUAAUAUAAAAAUUGAUGAUUUGUCCGAUGUGCAAUACGAAUUUUGCAGGGAAUUGCCGUAAACAAGAGUGUGUUCAUCAUCUUCUUCCAAGGUGACCAACUCAAAGCCAGAGUUAAGAAGAUUUGCGAAGGGUUCCGCGCCACAAUUUACCCAUGUCCAGAGACCAGCCAAGAACGAAGAGAGAUGUCCAUAGGAGUGAUGACCCGCAUUGAGGACCUCAAAACAGUCCUCGGGCAGACCCAAGAUCACAAACAUCGCGUAUUAGUGGCAGCCGCGAAGAAUGUUCGAAUGUGGAUGUCCAAGGCAUGCAAAAUCAAGGCCAUCUACCACACCUUGAACUUGUUCAAUGUGGAUGUCACUCAAAAAUGCCUGAUUGCUGAGGUUUGGUGCCCUGAAGCCGAUCUGGAUCAAAUUCAAAUCGCAUUAAAGAGAGGAUCGGUAAGAUUUUUAUCAUAUUUUUUUGGAAUUUAGAUGACUCAAAUUUAUUACAUACCAUAAGGUAAUGUGCUGAUUGCAGGAAGAAAGUGGAUCCACAGUCCCCUCGAUUCUCCAACGCAUGGACACUAAAGAACAACCCCCGACUUUCAACAGGGUCAACAAGUUCACCCGGGGCUUCCAGAAUAUUGUGGAUGCGUAUGGAAUAGCUGCGUACCGCGAGAUCAACCCAGCCCCCUACACAAUGAUCACCUUCCCCUUCCUCUUCGCUCUGAUGUUCGGGGAUAUGGGCCAUGGACUUGUCAUGUUCCUAUUCGCAUUGUUCUUGGUCAGAAAGGAGAAACAGCUGGAGGCGGCCAGAAUCCGCGACGAAAUCUUCCAGACCUUCUUUGGAGGCCGAUACGUCAUAUUCCUGAUGGGAUUGUUCUCAAUUUACACUGGCUUCAUCUACAAUGACGCCUUCAGCAAGUCCUUUAAUAUCUUUGGGAGCUCGUUUAUGAACGAUUAUACGAAAGAAACGCUGGAGAAAAUCACCAAAAAUGAGGAGCUAUGGGAGAAUAAACACAUGCUGAUCCCGGAGAACCAAGAUCUCACAGCCCCCUAUCCGAUCGGCGUGGAUCCGGUGUGGAAUUUGGCCGAAGCGAACAAGCUCGUCUUCCUGAACUCGAUGAAAAUGAAGGCCUCGAUCAUCAUCGGCAUCGCCCAAAUGGCGUUCGGCCUCAUCCUCUCAUACCACAACCACAAAUUCUUCAAGUCCCGACUCGACAUUAUCUAUGUUUUCAUUCCACAGAUGAUCUUCCUGUGCUCGAUUUUCGUCUAUCUCUGCCUUCAAGUCAUCUCUAAAUGGCUCUACUUCUCGGCCGAAAAAGGAUGGGUCCUCGGGUAUUACUAUCCCGGCUCAAAUUGCGCCCCGUCACUCCUGGUCGGCUUGAUCAACAUGUUCAUGAUGAAGAGCCGCGCCAAGGGAUACACGGAGGGAAAUGAGGAAGGUGGAAGGACUCUGCCAAUGUGCCAUCUCAGCUACUGGUAUCCAGGACAGGUUGGAAUUUGAUUAUUUUUUGGAAAAGUGGGAAUUUAGCGGACUUUUUGAAGGGAAUCGGGAUUUUUUGGAAAUUUUUUGAUUUUUUAGAUGAAAAAAGGGAGAAGGUAGAUGAAUUAAAGCCUUGUAUGGGAUGAUGAUUUAUUUUUUGUUGUGAAAAAAUUGAGGGAAAAAAGUUUUGGCCGAAAAUUUGAAGUUUUACCUAAAACAAUAUGAAUUUUGGUCAAAUUUUGAUGAGAAUUGAAUUAUUUUGCCUUCGAAGGCGACAAACAGCCACAUACUUGUUGUGAUAGUGCGGCGGGCAUAUGGUAAAAUAACGGUCUGCUUGAUUUUAAGGGCUUUUUCGAGACCGUUUUCCUGCUGGCCGCAGUAGUCUGCGUGCCGGUCAUGCUGCUGGCCAAGCCCUAUUUCCUGUGGAAGGCGGACAAAGAGCGUCGCCAGGCGGGCUUCAACGUCAACAAUCUGGUGAGGGUUUAAUUCGUUGUGGUGUGUUUCAGUCCUCGGUGGAGACGGUCCUACUGCUGCUCGCUUUGUGCUCCGUCCCCGUAAUGCUGUUGGUGAAGCCGUUUCUCUUGUGGAAGGCCGAACAACGGAGACUCAGAAGCGAAUCGAGACGACCCUUGAUCAAUGGAAGCCACUCUUCGGUCGGUUUUUGGAUCAACACAAUGGAUUUGGUCUUUUUCUGCGAUUUUUUGAUGUUUUGUGCUGUUUUUGUCAAGUGUAGUAUACAGAGUGGAAGAAAAUUUACGUUGAAACUGUCAUGUUUUGAUUUGGAGGAAGCUCAAUGCUUUUUAGAAAGGUUUUUAGCCAUUCCUGACCUUAUUUUUGAUGAGAAUUUAAAAUUUUUGCUAGUUUAUGACACGAGUUGAAGAAUUUGAAGUAAUUUUUGCUAUUGUUGUUUAAUUAGAUCUUAUUAAGCCUGAUAGAAUACAAAUUUUUACGGCGUAGUGUAGUCCCUAUCCAUUUUUUGUGAUUGUCCAUGUUCAUCAUGUGUAAUAUGUAAAAUGUCGAGUCUCUUGUCAGUUUCCAUUCAUUUACAGCGACAACAUACCAAAGCGAGCAGCAGUAACCUCUUCCUCCUUGUUUUUUGUUUGUUUCGUCCUCUGUGAUACGUUUUUGAUUUGAAUAAUCGUCUUUUUUUCUAGAGCGUCAGAGCUGAUGUAGAUGAUGAUCAGGUGCAUAUAAAUCAUCAUGAUGAUGGACAGAACCACAAAGCGGAAGGUGGAGGAGGGCAUGGACAUGGCGAUGGACCGGUAAGGGAGAUGUUAAAGAGAUUUUGUGAAUGUUGUACAUGAUGACUUCAUGAGGAAUAUCUUUAUUUUUUUGUUUCAGUUUGAUCUCGGGGACACGUUCGUCUAUUCCGCCAUUCAUACCAUUGAAUUCGCGCUGGGUUGUAUCUCCCACACAGCUUCGUAUCUUCGACUUUGGGCUUUGAGUUUGGCUCAUGCUCGUAAGUUUUGAUCUUUUUUGAUUGUUGGUGUGACAACAAUGUUCUUGGGGUAGUAAAUGAAUUAUAAUUGUCAUACUGGGUGGUAUUUUGAUUAAAGCCACGUUUUAUUGGCCGGGAAAUGACUUAGAUAGUGUGGCCGGAAAAGAAUUUCGCACCCCGAACCCCUCCGUCGCAUUCUCACGAAACCCCAAUUUGCAUCGCGGAGAAAUUUGGAGUAUGUCGCCGAAAAAACGAAGAAAGCGACGUGUCGCAAGCCCGAAAUCGGGGUUUGUCGCCUGUUUUGCACAGUGCAGACGGUUGUUUUUGUUCAUUUGCACUGUGCAUUCACCAAACUUUAGCGAUUUUUUGCUUUCAUCGCGGAAAAUCUUCGAUGUCGCGUGCAGGUUUGGAUUUCGCUCAUUUUUCGGGUUGCGGUUUUUGUGCGGCGAUGGUGAAAUUCUUUUUCGGCCAGACUGACACCAGUUUGUUACCUGAAAUUAAAAUUUUGUUUUUUGGUCUGAAUUUUUGAUAAUGAGUGGCGUUGAAUCUCGAGUGUAGCAUAUAUCACUAUUUUUUGGUUUCAGAGCUCUCCGACGUCCUGUGGGGCAUGGUUUUUCGCCGGUCCUUCGGUUAUGACGGAUACGUCGGAGCCGCGGCGACCUACGCCUUCUUCUUUGUCUUCGCUUCGCUGACCUUGGCCAUUCUAGUCCUAAUGGAGGGACUGUCCGCCUUCCUCCACGCCCUCAGGCUCCAUUGGGUGGAAUUCCAAUCGAAAUUUUACCAAGGAACCGGCUAUGCAUUUGCUCCGUUCUCUUUCGAAAAGAUCCUCGCCGAAACUCGCGCCGAAGAAGAAGUCACGAAAUAG